AUGUUUCACCAAUACACCACUUGCUUUGAUGGCAUACAUGUUUUCAAUAAAUUCUUCUCCACAACAUCGGUUGACUUGCUUGUUAUUGGUUUUUUGAAAAAUUUGUUGCAAAAAAAAUAUAACAAUAUGGCUGGAAAGUCCAAGGAAAUUCAAGCCCAAAAGGCCGCAGCCAGAGAAAGCGGCUCAAAGGGAAAGAAGAAGAAGUGGUCUAAAUCAAGAGUCAAGGAGAAGUUGAACAACAAGGUUCUCUUCGACACCAAGUCCUUCAAUCAAUUGGUCAAGGAAGUGCCAAAGAUGAAGCUCAUCACCAUUGCUAGAGUGUCAGAAGCUCUCGGUGUUACUGGUAGUGUUGCUAAGAAGGGUUUGAGAUACUUGGAAGAAAAGGAUUUGAUCAAGCCUGUGGUCAAGCAUUCUAACAUGAUGGUUUAUGUCGUCAAGAAGGAAGAGACUGCUGAAGCACCAAAGGAAGAAACCAAACCAUCCAAGAAGGAAUCCAAGAAAGAAAAACAAUAA